CUGAUAUCUAGCACUCUCACAGGACCUAGUCGUCAUAGUUGUUGAGUCCGGAGUGGAGAGCCGCACGAACGGCGGAGCCCAGGAAGACGUCAAGAGGCAUCCAAUCGUCCGCAAGGACAUACUGUAAGACAUAUAUUUACUCCAUGGCUCUCGCCCCGUGUUUCUACCUACAUACGAUCUCCAGGCCCCCGAAGAUCCAACAGGUGCAACAUCAACUUUCCAACAGAGAACGACAAUCCAGAGUGUUUGGUUGGAAAUCUUCAACCCACUACAGUAAACCAACGCUCGGAAAUGGUUCGAAUCGCAAUUGCUGGCGGCUCUGGUAACGUCGGACGAGAGAUCCUUGAUGCCUUGGUAGCUAGAGGCAAACAUGAAAUCUUAAUUCUCUCCAGAAAGGAUGACCCCGCCACUAAUUUUGGCCCGAGAGUCAAAUGGGUCCAGACGAACUACGAUGACGUUGCCCACUUGGCUCAAGUGCUCGAGGGGGUUCAUACUGUUCUGUCUUUUGUUGCCGGGCCUGCCGAUCCGACGAAUGCCGCACAGAGGGCUACCCAGAAGAAUUUGAUCGAUGCUUCUAUCAAAGCUGGCGUUAGACGAUUUGCUCCUAGCGAGUGGGGUUCUUCCAAAUUCGAGCACAUGUUCUGGUAUGGCUUCAAGGAAGAGACUCGAAAGUACCUUGCUACCAUCAACAAAGAUAAGAAGGUUCUUGAAUACUGUCUGUUUCAACCUGGACUGUUCACCAACUACAUGACGUACCCGUUCAACUCCUCUGAGCAUGUUCAGCUUUUCGAGACACCGUUCAACUUCUAUCAACGUCGCGCCCUGGUUGUCGAUGGAUGUGAAGACGCUAUCAUAACCUUCACUACUGCGCAAGAUUUGGCCAAAGUAGUUGCCUUAGCCGUGGAGUACGAAGGCGAGUGGCCUAUUAUAGGCGGGGUCCAAGGCGCCCAGGUGUCAAUCGCCCAACUCAUUGCGCUUGGGGAGAAGAUCCAAGGCGGGCCGUUCGACGUGACCAAGCUCAAGGCCGAUGACCUCAAGGCUGGAGUCGUCAAGGCCCCCUGGCUUCCCAAAGUUGAGCACCCAUCGAUCCCCCCCGAGACCUUGGAUGCUGUCGCUCCUAGCCUGCUCUCGGGCAUGUUGCGGGGUAUUGUGGCUGGCAACUUGGAGUGCUCUGACGAAUGGAACCGUCUCUUGCCCGGGUAUGAGUUCACUCAGCCUGAAGACUUUCUGGCCACCGCGUGGUCGGAGAUUGAUGCGGGAGCCAAGACCACCAUCACGUCCUAAUAGUGACUUUGAAGUAUCCGAAGAGCAUUUCGUCUUGAGCCAGGAGUUCUCUCGGUCUUCUGCGCACAUGACCAAUCUUGUAGAUGCCGAUGCUGCUUCGAGGCUUGUACACCAUUAUCAUGAAUGGUAGGGUUGAUCGAAGAAUGCGGUCUCACCACUAGUUCUGUCCAACAAACAUGGUGCAAGGACCUCACCUCACGUAUUCUUAUGUACUUUAGAGAAUCUGAAAGACAAUAUUGAGAUCAGGAUUAGGAGACAGAGAGCUCACAGCACGAAAGCUUCUAGAGAAAGAGACAGC